UGGCCGCCCUGCCCCUGGCGGCCCGGGGCGUCAGACACCGAGGCUCGGCGGACUGGAUCCAGGAGAAGGUAGAGGACUCCUUGUGUUGAAAGAAGACAGAACUUUAUCUUAUUCAGUUCUCAACUUUUCCACAACUGCAUUUGUCAUGUCAGAGGCAUCGGACACACGGAAGGGAUUUCUGUAAAUGCUGGCUGGGUUGAACCUACCGGUAGACACAGGAGUGAAUCUGAGCGCUGUCUAGGAGACACUCAAAUGGGUAUUAUCACCAACCAGCCAUUUUGAACUCAUCAUCUCUUCGACAAGUUGCAGAAGGCACCAAUAUUUCUGAAAUGUGGGAAAACGACUUACAACCAUUGCUGAUAGAGCGCUAUCCCGGAUCCCCUGGAAGCUAUGCUGCUCGCCAGCACAUCAUGCAGAGAAUUCAGAGACUUCAAGCUGACUGGGUCUUGGAAGUAGACACCUUCUUGAGCCAGACACCCUAUGGGUACCGGUCUUUCUCAAAUAUCAUCAGCACCCUCAAUCCCAGUGCUAAGCGACACCUGGUCCUCGCCUGUCACUACGACUCCAAGUAUUUUCACCCUUGGGACAACCAGGUGUUUGUGGGAGCCACUGAUUCAGCCGUGCCAUGUGCAAUGAUGUUGGAACUUGCCCGUGCCUUAGACAAGCAACUCCUUUCCUUGGAGAAUAUUCCAGAUUCCAAGCCAGAUCUCUCACUGCAGCUAAUUUUCUUUGAUGGGGAAGAGGCUUUACUUCAUUGGUCUCUUCGUGAUUCUCUGUAUGGGUCUCGGCACUUAGCUCCCAAGAUGGCAUCAACCCCGCACCCACCUGGAGCGAAAGACACCAACCAACUGCACGGCAUGGAUUUAUUGGUCUUAUUGGAUUUAAUUGGAGCUCCCAACCCAACAUUUCUCAAUUUUUUUCCCAAAUCUGCCAGAUGGUUUCAUAGACUUGAAGCAAUUGAACAUGAACUCCACAGAUUAGGUUUGCUUAAGGAUCACUCUUCGGAGAGGUGGUAUUUCCAGAAUUAUGGUUAUGGAGGUGUGAUUCAGGAUGACCAUAUUCCAUUUUUAAGAAGAGGUGUUCCAGUUUUGCAUCUGAUCCCAUUUCCUUUCCCUGAAGUCUGGCACACCAUGGAUGACAACGAAGAAAAUUUGGAUGAAACAACCAUUAACAAUCUAAACAAAAUCUUACAAGUCUUUGUGUUAGAGUACCUUCAUUUGUAAUAUUCUGUCUUGGUUUAUGGUAAUUGUAUCCAGUUUCACAUUCAGAAGUCAAGGCACAACUUAAAAUAAUCUCACUCUGGACAAAUGUCAUGUGGAACUUCCAUCCUAUAGAUUCAUUCUGUAGGUGUCUUUGAAUAUGUGAUCAAUAAAUUCUAGAUUUACCUCGUG